CCGAAUGCCCACCCCACCCCCUUUUCCCUUCCCGCGCCGCAACGCCGCCUCCUUGCGCCGCCGCCGCCUGGCCGAACGCCCGCCGCCGCCUCACCCCAUCGGCCGCCUGCUGCCCCCAGCGAGCUUCCCGCGUCCCACGAGGCAACACGGCGCCGGCGCCAUGGCUGCUCCUUCGCCAUGGGACCAGGCUGCGUGGCCGUGGUUCCCGGUGGCCCGUCGCAGAUCCGGCGACCACCGGUGUCCCUCCUCUUCCCCACCGGCGCCGGUCGCAAAUCCGGCAGCUGAUUUGACGGAUCCACUCCCUCCUGCGCGGAGAUGGCCAGUCCUGGCGACGGGGAGUUCGGGGACUUUUUGUCUCUCGGCGAGCAGCCCACCGGCGAGGGCGGCCACGUCGCCGCGUCAUCAACCUCCGGCGGCGCAUCCUGCUGGUGCACGGAGGCUGAGCAGCGCUUCUCCGAUGUGCUCCAUGGCCGCCGGAGGAUCCGUUCGCCGCCAUGCAUCCGUGAACCCUGGCGCUCCUGGCGUGCGUAUUCAACCUUCCUCCGGCGCCCUCAUUCAGCGGCCACCCUGCGGCGGUGCCGAACUUCGGCAACCCCUAUCCGUGGCCGCCGGCUUUCGGCACCCAAGCUCCCCAUCCGGCGCCACCCAAGCUCCCCAUCCGGCGCCUUCCCCGGCAACCAUCGCCACAUGGUGGGCUACGGUGCCUACUAUCCGCUGCCGGCAGCGUUCGGCAUCAACCCAACACAGUCGUCCCCGUUUGCCGGCGCCCAUCCAUAGCUCCCUCCCUUCCGUGUCUAGGAUCCGCGGUUCGCUUCAUUCGGCGGCACACCACAUCCUAACCAUCCGUACAACGGCUUCUUCGUGAACGCGUCUUCAUCCAUCGCAGCUCAAGGCGGUGAAGGGAGCGACGCCCGUGGCCGUGGACGUGGACGUCGCUCCGGCCGUGUCCCUCCAUCUCCCAGUGCGGGUACCUCAUGGACUCAGUCCGCUGCGCGCAACGCCAUCAACAUUGACGACAACGGCGACGCAGGGCAUGCGGAGGACGACGACACCGAUAACAACGACGAUGAAAGCGACGACGACACCGACAAUGAAUCCUCGGUGAGGCCCUCUGUACUCUCAUGCUUUCUCAUUUCAGUUGAUUUGGGACACUCUGACUAUGUUCUUUUAUCUGCACAUCCGUAUGCUUACUUUGUGUUUAGGAUUAAUUAGGCUAAUUGUUGUUCAUUAGUUUCAUACAAACAAUAAACAAAAUCUAAUUAGGAGCCUACUUAACGAGGACGUUCCAUUUUUGUUCAUAGAGAGGAAUCCCUAUGAUGGUUGCAAAUUUGAACGAUGAGAACACCAAUACAUUCUGCGACUUAUGGAUAGACCAAACAAUACUAGGGAAUUGUCCCAAUGGUAAAUUGAACCAAGCUGGCUACCGAUCCAUUGCUAAGGAAUACUUUAAAAGACUGGGUUCAAGCAUUCCGUCAGGCAGUUGCAGAACCGCAUAAGUUAUCUCAAAAAAUUCUAUGGCGGUUGUGUAUACCUGGAUAAGCAUACAGGGGUUUCUGUCAGUGGUACCGGUCGUUACAAUGCUCCCAAUUUGUCUGGGUCAGGGUAAAAAAAGAGAUUUUCUGAGCAGCUUCCCAAAUUGAGGAGGCCCAUUCCACCUUGGAAGGACAAACUGUUUGACAUGUUCAAAGAGUGUAUUUUUGAUUGGGGCAAUAUGUUAGCUACAGAGGAUUCUGCACCCUCUUUUGGUGAUUCAUUAAGUCCCACAAAUACUUCAGAAGGCCGCAAGAGGUCAAGCAGUGUGGGCAUGCGGCAACAAAGUCUAUUGCUACAAGUCCUUCCAAGAAAGCAAGAGCAGCAAUGGCCGUGGACUCAACAGCUACAAGUCCAUCGAAGAAGUCCUUAUGGGGCAAUCCAUGUUCAAAAAGGAAGGAAGAAAUGAAAGUGACCAAACUUCUGACAAAGCUCGUAGUUGAUUUGGACGGCACAGAUGAAGCACCGCAACAGAUUGUGGACAAAGCUGUGCAGAUGAAGAAGCAUGAGGAGCAGGACAUCAAGAACUGCUUGGAUUUGGCAGUUGCAUGUGGCAUCUCCAGGAGCAGCCAUGAAUUUUUCUUCCUUACCAAAGUGUUCCAGAGGGAGAGGUGGAGAGCUAUAUUCCAAUACUUUCAAAGUCCGGAGGAGCGGCUGUCCUGGAUCCAGAAUGCCUACUCGGACCCAACGUUUCUAGAGAAAUAACCUUUUAACCUGUUCCCUCAUGCAUUUCGAUGCCAUGGCGUCGUAGUUAUGUUAUGUCAUUUUGUAAUUUGCAUUACUACUUUUCCUCAGUGGAUGCUGUGGAAUGUAUUUGUGUCAUGGAAUUGAACUGCUUUAUAUUCAUUGGACCGUUGUUUAUUUGAGCUUUAGUCGCACAAAUUAUGUGAUAUGUAUUUGUUCUUUCAUGAUUCAGCAAUGAUCUUUUUUAAAUAUGCCAUAUGACUAAUACAUGUAAUGUUGAUAAUGUAGGCUUCAAGUACAGCUGACAAUGUUGAUUUCUCCGGGGUUGGUGGCUCGGCUGCAGCUGCACAAGCUGCGGAUCCCUUACAAACAGGGGGAGGGCAACCAAGUGCUGCGGGACCAGGGGGAUCCGCCGCCAUGGGACCAGGUUUCUCAUGUUUUGCUCUCCUCCUGGAUCAUCCUUUCAGCACCUUUCCAAAGCCGUUGGAAUGGUUACAAAAUCAGUUCUCACAGAGCAUCUGACAACUGUGGCAAGCAGCAUGACCUGCACAGGUAGCUUGCAUGACUUUGGUAGAUCAGGUUGCAAGGCCACAUUACAAUCCCUGAAGAUUCAGGCGCCAUUUAUGGAAGCUACACUGCUACCUGAAACAUGCUGCAGAGACCAAUACAAUGCUUUCGGAAGAGUGUAGAGAAGGUCGACUCUGAUCAGCUGGCUAAUAUUGUAUCAGCUUGCUCUUGGGGUAAUCAACCAGCGAUCGGGACUGCCUCAACUUUCGAAAUUCACUGAAAGUCAGGAUGGGAAUGGGCUAGAUGGUGGUACCGAUCGAAUUCGUUGUGCCCCUCGAUCCUUUAUGUGUCUGUCAAUAAUAAAUCCAGAUGAUUAUAUCUAGCAGCUUGCUCUCCCUUGCCGUUUCUUCUUUUGAAUCUGUUGGGUGAAUGCAUGCUUCAAUUGGGGAUCCGAUCUAUCCCAUCGUAAAUUUCUUCACACCUUAUUUUCUUGUGCUUUCGAAGUGUUUCACAAUUGGUUUGGGCAAUUGUUUGAUGGUGUGGGAUUGUGGGAUUGUUAGAUGGUGUGGGAUGGUAGGAUUGUUUUGGGUCGACCACCAUCUUGCCAAUUGGGUCGGUAGGCUUCGGCUUUUAUGGACCCUUCUCUGAUUUGAGGCCGGCCCAUGUGGCCCAUUGGCCUUGCUCUCGUGGGCCGGGCCAACUACCCAUUUGGUCGACCCGGCCCACUCCCAUCUUAAACUGGAAGGAUGAGAACCAGUUGCAAGCAACGAAAUACUUGGAGGGUAUGGUUUGUAUGACAUCCUCGCAACAGUAGAAACAAUAGGAGCUGCUGAACAGAACACAGUGACUCUUCAUAGUUCAUGCUUGUAUGAUGUCGGCAUGAUUCCAGAGGAUCAAGUUCAAGAGGAUGAGGUGAUAAUAUGUUUGGGUAAAAACCUUCCAAUCUCCUGGACAGACCAGGUUGAUUCCCUACUGCUUGAUUUAAAGGGUAGGAGGACUGGAAUACACAUCACUAGGCAGGAAUGCCAAGGAAUGCAAAAUAAGAGUAACCGGAACUCAGCUGCAAACUGGAAAAAUGGUAGACCAGGCGGUCCUCUGCAUUCUGCUUUUGCAGGAUCAACUAGCUCUGGCGGUUGGAACAAAAAAUGGUUUAGCGGCCAACUGUUUGAGAGAAAACAACCAAAUCAUAGCUGGAGCUCAGCUGUGACACACCAAGGUGACAAGCCAAGUUGGUGUAGCAAAAAUAUUGCAGGCGCACAGAAAUAUGGCAUUGCAGAAUCAUCUAACUCAGGUGAAUGCACUAGGAAGAAUAGUGGUGUUGGUCGAGGUGGUGGUAGAGGCAUGUGGAAAUCAGGAGCACACCAUGGAGGUGGUAACAGCAGGAACUCGAGAGUCCAGAAUAAUUGCAUUGCUAGACAAGGAGGUAUCUGUUACAAUUUCACACCAGUGGAGCAGCAGAUAUAUGCACAAGUUGAACCAAUCAUGAAAAAUGUAAAGAGGAUCAUCCGUGAAUCAAGCAGGGAUGGCAUGAAACUUUCUCUAGAUGAUGAGAUGUUCAUCGUCAACAAUGUUCUAAUGUACCACCCGGAGAAGGAGAAGAAGAUGUCCGGUCAGGGCAAUUACAUUAUGGUUGCUAAGCAUCAAACUUUCCGUAGCAGCAGGUGCUUGUACGUUACAACCUCAGAUGGAUCAAGUCAAGAUUUCUCCUACAAGAAGUGUCUAGAGAAUUUCAUCAGGAUUCACUACCCUGAUGCUGCGGACUCAUUCUGCAGAAAGUACUUCAAAUGAUGAGCCAUGGGAUGUUAAUUUGCUUUAGUGCUGCUUGCUUGUAGUAGUGCCGCUUUCUAAGUCCCUCGGUGAUGAGGACCAUAUGCGAUUUCGGCUACAAUGUUAUCUUUGAUGUCCGCUAACUUCAAUGUGCUUGAAACUUGUGUAACUGUGAUCUUAUUACUUUAAAAAUAGCAAAAACGAGACCAAGAUACCUAGAUUUUGAAGUUCAA